GUGAACAGUAUCUGAAGAAGAUCUCUAGAUGAAGACGAAAUCGUUUCCUGUUAAGAGAUCUCGCCGCAAGUCUCUCGAUCCCUAUCCACCUCUUCAGGAAAGAUUUGGCUCUAGAGAGAUUGAUUUAGAUACUGUACGGCCUCACAAGAAGCGUCAGUUUCCUCUUGGGGAAGAUAUAAGAGGACCACCAGAGCCGCUUAAAUCAGAUGCUUGUAUUAUUUGUCAGUUUUCAGACGAUGGGGUAUCAAGUUGUUCUGGAGUUAACUGUCUUCUUCGGUUUCACGACAAGUGUUUGACUCCUGAGUUCGGUGGUAGUGAGGAUCUUUCGAAUCCAUUCUGUCCUUAUUGCUGGCUCCAAGUUGUAUCACUCGAAUCCAAGUCACUCAGAGACGAGGCCAUCCGUGCGGAGAAGGCUGUUUACAAGUAUCUAGAUAAAGGCAUUGUAAGUGAUCAAGGGAUACAAGGAGAGCAGCUUGUUGUUUAUUCACCAAAACAGGAUCAAUUUGACAAGGAUUCACAUCAACCAGAGGAUGAGGGCACUGGUAUGGAAGAAGAUAAUGGGAUGGAAGACGACAUUGAAACGUCAUCUGAAGACGAAGAAAGGGUAGUAGCUGCAGAUAACGUUGAAAUGAAUGCUACUGAUAGUGAAACCUCAUCAGCUAUGGAACCAGAUGGAGAGGAUGUAAGUGAGCGGGGCGCAGCAACCAAUGUGGCUGCUCAGCCAAAUCCACUAAGGAACUUUUCCUUUUUUGACAAGGAUCAGAGAAAGAAAAUACUUUGGACACCCAAAGAAGAAGAAAUGCUCAGGAUGGGAGUGGAGAAAUUUUCAGCAGAAAUAAACAAGAACAUGCCAUGGAGGAAGAUUCUUCAAAUGGGACGUAAUGUGUUCCACGAAACACGUAAACCAGCUCAUCUCAAGGACAAAUGGAGGUGCAUGACCAAGCCACAACAGUAGUCCCUAGAGCUCUAUGUACUACUUACUAAUUAGCAUCUCAUUUUGGAGGUGAAGUAAAUUUUAGUCAGAAUUAACUUCUACUCCUAGACUCCUAGUCCUUUUGUCAAUGUAAUAUGGUAGCCCAUCAGGCCGAUUAAACUCACUAGAAAUCCUACGAGCUAACUUCUCUC